AUGUCUGAAUCGGUUAAAUCAAAGGAAGCUGUGCCAGAGGACAAGCCUGAUGAGCCCGUGGAAACAAUCCCAUUGGAGGCAACCGAACCGCAAGCGAGUAAAGAAGAGGCCGGCACAAAGGGAGCUCCAGCUAUUCAAUUGCUGGACCCAGAGCCUAGUGUAGUGGCCAAAGAGGAGUUGAAGGCUGCACCCAAGAGUGGCAAUGUUAAAACUGGAGGCAGUGGUGGUGUUGACGGGGAGGAGGACGGUCCACCUUUGCCCGUGAGAAAGGCAGACAAUCGUGCCCCUAAUGCAGUGGCCACUAUGAGGGAGACAGGGGAGAACCCGAUCCUGGUGGAAUUGAGGGAGGCAUUCCCCAAUAUUGAGGAGCAGUACGUUAAGGCGGUGAUCAUUGCCUCAGAGGGGGCACUGGACCCGGCGUUUAACGCGCUGCUGUUUUUGUCAGACCCUGAGUCCGGGAAGGACGUCGAGUUGCCUAGCCGGCCGAUCCGUAGGGGUGACCCACCGUUGCCGCCGAAGAAUACGAAACAGCUCGAGCAAGAUGAAUUGUUGGCGCGGCAAUUGAACGAACAGUAUAACAGGGGCCAGGGGGAACGGCCCCCUCGUGGGGGCCAUCGUUCAGGACCCCGGAUUCGGAGAGAGGAUUUCGCGGACGAUGCAGCGUACGAGGCACGUCUACGGGACAGGGAGAGAAGGAGACAUCACCAGAUGAGCGAGAGAGAGUACAGGGAAGUUUACGGGGAUGGGGACGAGGACAGCUGGUCGCAUUUUGUGGAGAAGGAUAUCCCCGAGGUCGCUGCUGCUGCGAAUCGUUCCCUACAGAACACUGCUACGAGAGUUGGGUCCUGGUUCAGUGGUGUGACGAAAUCCUGGAUGGGUGAGGAAGAAGGUGGCAACUACGGGCGGAACAACGCAGGUGCUGAGCAAUUGGCAUAUGACAAUCAACAGAUCCGGGAGCAACAGGAGGCAUUGAAGUACUACGAGGCUCGCAAGCAGGAACAGAACUUACCGCAGGCACCCGAGAGACGUAGGUUUAAUUCGUUUGGUGCCCGUGCUGGAGAGGAUACCCUGGAGAGUCACGGCAUCUCUUUGAAUACCGGCGAAUUAUCCGACGACGAGGACAUCCCACCGCAAUUGCCCUCCAGGGAGAGGACCCACUCGCACACUGGUGACGACGACGACGAAACCAACGAGAGUAAAGUUGUCCCCGAGACGACGUACAUCGACACACCGGAGACGAGCAAGGGGAAGAAACAGUGGCAGCCGCUUGCCUCUGAGGCGACUACGACACCUACAAAAGUAAACGCGACGAGUGCACCUGGCACCACUAAGGGCAAGACGGAGGCGAAGACGAAGACCGGUAUUGAACUUGACGACCAAGAUGACGAGUUCAACAUCAACACUGAGGAUGAGCUUUAG